AUGAGGCCAUUAGCUAUCUGUAUUGCGCCUGUGAUAUGUACACUGUCUGUCAUGUUGUACCAUAGCUAUCCCGUUACUGCAAUUAAGGAAGUCCUCCCGACAAACAGUAGUAUCAAUAUUAAUACACUAAACUUCAAGAAGAAUAGAAAAGGAAAGAGUAUAAUACUAGUUGCCAGCCAUAGAACAGGCUCAUCAUUUACUGGUGAACUACUAAAUGCAAACCACGAUAUAUUAUACUUGUUUGAACCUCUCAGGUACAUAGAAGGAAAUGCCAAUAAAUUCAACCAAAUGUCAAAUAUCUUUCACUGUCAAUUCACAAAAUCAUAUAUAAAUACGAUUCGAGAUCGGCAAGGUGUACUGAGGUUCAGUCAAGGUCUACGUAAUAUAUUUAAACCAAGGAACAAAUUCAAAACUCCGUCUCCGAUUGAUUUAUCACGCAUGUGUAACACGUACCCUCACAUAGCGAUGAAGGUCAUCCGUUUGGAGUCCCUACAACAGUUGGAACCGCUAGUAUUGGGAGAUAAGUUGGAUCUGAAGAUUUUACACCUUAUUCGAGAUCCUCGUGGGGUUGCAAGUUCUGAAAUGAAUAUUUUAAAAACCAUUUCCAAUAACAGUGUGAUGUGGAAAUUAAAGUCACUAGAUCCGAUUACAAAGAAUUAUUGCCAGCGAGCUGUAAACAUGCUUGAUUUUAGUUAUAAUCUUCCUGCUUCUCUACAAGGCCGGUAUAAACUCAUCCGAUAUGAGGAUAUUGCUAUUGACACUUUUAAUUCAACUAUAGGUAUCUACAACUUUCUGGAACUGCCAUUACACCAGUCCGUGUCUAACUGGAUUGUCGAAAAUACAAAAGCCAGCAACUCUAGCGGUUUUAUGAUCACAAAUAAGAAUUCUACUGCAGCAUCCGAAUCGUGGCGUACGCGACUUCAAUUUGAAGACGUUGAAAUCAUCCAGAACUUAUCACCAUGUGAUGAACUCAUGAAUAUUAUGGGAUAUCAUAAAUUAGAAAGUCUCAGUCAGAUGAACAAUAUGUCUCUGCGGUCAUUUUAG